AUAGUAAGUAAGGUGCAGCAUGAGUGCUCAGCAUGGCGCUCAGGUAGCACUCAUGCUCUCUGCACGCUGGAGCACACGGUGAUGUCGUAAAGCGUGAUUGUCGUAAACCAGGUGCGGAUAGGGGAGGUGAAGGGGAGGGAGGACAUGGAGGACAGGGAGGACAGGGAGGACAGGGAGGGGAUGAAAGAGGAGGUGACUCCAGCAUUUCGUCUCCACCAAAGGAUCAUGGCGGAUGGCCCCAGGUGUAAGCGCAGAAAGCAGGCGAACCCGAGGAGGAAUAACGUGGUCGGCUACAACAAUGCGGUCGAGGCCGGCACAGACUCGGACGACGAGGACAAGUUGCACAUCGUGGAGGAGGAGGGCAGCCUGGCGGACUGCGACGAAGACCACCCCAGGGAGCCCUGGGACCGAGUGAAGGAAGAUUGUGUGUCAGACGGCGAGGACGAUGCGAGCACAGACGCGCUGGUGGAGGAGAUGCUUCAGCAAGGGGACACAGCCGUCAUUUACCCCGAGGCCCCGGAGGACGAGCUGCAACGCCACGGCACUCCCGACGCCAGCAUUCACGAUGAAAACGGAAUGCCCGACUCCUUCUCGCAGCUGCUCACCUGUCCCUACUGCGCACGCGGCUACAAGCGCUACAGCUCGCUGAAGGAGCACAUCAAGUACCGCCACGAGAAGACGGAGGAAUGCUUCAGCUGCCCCGAGUGCAGCUACACCUUUGCACAUCGCGCACAACUGGAGAGACACAUGACGGCCCACAAGCCAGGAAGGGACCAGCGACACAUCACGCAGUCGGGAGGCAAUCGCAAAUUCAAGUGCACUGAAUGUGGCAAAGCCUUUAAAUACAAGCACCACCUGAAGGAGCACCUACGCAUUCACAGUGGAGAAAAGCCCUACGAGUGCUCCAACUGCAAGAAGCGCUUCUCCCAUUCGGGCUCGUACAGCUCGCACAUCAGCAGCAAGAAGUGCAUCAGUCUCAUGUCGGUGAACGGCAGGCAGCGUCUGAGCAACAGCAAAAGCCAGGCCCAGAUUCCAAACCCCAUUGUUCCCACGUCCCCGUCCGUCCUCCGUGCCCAAAUCCGUGAGAAGUUGGAGCACAGCAAGCCGCUGCAGGAGCAGCUGCCCCUCAACCAGAUCAAGAGCGAGCCGCCGGACUACGAGUACAAACCGGCGGUGAUGGCUUCCCCGGCCGUGGCUGCCAUUAACGGCGGGAUGUACAAUGGAGGGGUUGCCGCUCCUCUGCAAGGCACCGUGCAAGCCGUGGUCCUACCCACCGUGGGGCUGAUGUCGCCCAUCAGCAUCAACAUAGCGGACCUGCAGAACGCUCUCAAAGUGGCCGUGGACGGUAACGUGAUUCGACAGGUCCUGGAAAGCAACGCCCAAGGCCAUCAGGCCAGCUUGGGUUUAACCACUGGAACCAUCCACCCCUCCCAGCAGCAGCUCAUCUCGGCCAUCAGUUUGCCCAUCGUGGGUCAGGAUGGAAAUGCAAAAAUCAUUAUCAACUACAAUUUGGACCCCAGCCAGGGCCAACUGGCAGUGCAAAACCUUAAGAAGGAGUCUGAGCCAUUCUCAAGUGCUCAGCCAACCACUGAGUCCCUCAAGUGUCAGAAACUCCCUGAAGAUCUGACCAUCAGGGGCGCCAGGGCCACUGAGAUGAAAGAAGAGGAUAAAACCACUAAGACUUGUCUCCUAUGCGAUAGCUGUCCUGCUGGGCUGGAGGCCCUCCAUGCCCUCAAACACUGCAAGAAGGAGGCUCUCAGGCUGAAUGGAGAAUCUGCUGUUGCUGCUCUGCUGUCAGAGGGAGGAUUAUGCAACCAGCCCAAGAACCUCUUGUCCCUGCUGAAGGCCUACUUCGCUUUAAAUGCAGAACCCACCAAGGAUGAGCUGGCCAAAAUCUCUGACUCUGUCAGCCUACCAGUCCAUGUGGUCAAAAGGUGGUUUGACAAAAUGCAGGAGGGUCAAAUAUCACUAGGCGCCCCAACGCCCCCUUCUGAGGAAGAAGAUGCCUAUGAUACCAGCAGUGUGGUGUCUCUGGUGCAGGGGAAAGGUAUGGCCUCCAUGAGUCCUUCCGUGACUCAUGACAGUCCCACAGAAGCGUCCCCGGCUGAGCUCAAUGGCUCCCACAGCUCUCCAGCCUCUCCUUUGCCACUAAGCCUGAGAGCUGACGGCCUCCUUAAAGGCCUGAAAGACCAGCCCCCUCAGAUCACUGAUGCACCCCUAGACCUGUCGCUGCCAAAGCUCGACAAAGAGGAAACUGAGGCCACGGUUCUAAAACCCAGCAACCACCCCUCCCUUUCCUUUGUCCGCACCAAUCAGGAGGAACCUCUGAACUUAACUUGCACAAAGAAAGACACAUCGCCACUCUCAUCCAUGGGCUCCGGCCCUGUUGCACUGUACACCAGCCCCCCAAGUGCCAACCCCCUCAAUAUUGUGACCACUCAACUCCCCACGCUGGUGGCUAUUGCUGACCAGAGCCGUAUGCAAUGUCUAAGGGCCGUGACCACCAACAACAAACAGACUAUCCUCAUCCCUCAGCUGGCUUACACCUACACCACUACCGCUAGCAGUCCCGCUGGAACCGACACGCAGGAAACCAUCCACCUCAACGGUAUCAAGGAAGAGAAGCAGGACGCGGGCUCGGAGGGCACGGAGGGCGCGGAGGAGCACAACGACUCGGACUUGGGCCCUCUGAGGAAAAAGAUGAAGAAGACAGACAGCGGCAUGUACGCCUGCGACCUGUGUGACAAGAUCUUCCAGAAGAGCAGCUCGCUGCUCAGACACAAAUACGAACACACAGGGAAGCGACCGCACGAGUGCAGCAUUUGCACCAAGGCGUUCAAACACAAACACCACUUAAUCGAACACAUGCGCCUCCACUCGGGGGAGAAACCCUACCAGUGCGACAAGUGUGGGAAACGCUUCUCCCACUCGGGCUCCUACUCGCAGCACAUGAACCACCGCUACUCCUACUGCAAGAAGGAGUCCCCCAGCCAAGGGCGAGGCCGGGAGAGCCCCGAGGAGGACACCCUGGGCCCGGCACCGGACUCUCACCUGGUCCCCUUCCAGGCGGAUUCGGACGAGCGAGGGAGCAGCGCGAGGGAGGACGAAGAAAGCGAGGAGUUUGAGGAGUUUGAGGAGGAGGAGGACGGGGCGGUGGACAUGAAGGACAUCCAGGUGGUGCAGGUGGGGGACGAAGACGAGCAGGAGACGCAGAAGACCGGAGAGACAGAGGAGGAAGACAUGAGACAGGAGGAGGGAGUUGAGGCAGCGGAUGUGACGCGAGAGGAGGAGGAGGAGGAGGAGGAGGUGACGGCAGGCGGUGCAGGAGAAACAAAGACGGCAUGUGAAGACGAGGAGAAAGGAGACUAAAAGAAGGACAAGCUUGCUACUGUGUAGAAUCCAGGUGUGCCUGAAAAAAUACUUUUCCCGCAGGAAACGCAUUUGUACAAAAGAGAAAGUGAAGGCAAACAGGAAGGAAGGAAAGGACUUUUAUUUUAUGACUAAAACACGUUGUUUUUAUCAGUGUUACUAAUUUGACCACUCUUGUUUUACUCCCGGAUGCUGAAGACGCUUUCUAUUGCCAACAAACACCACAAGUCAGUAUUUGAUGGAAGGAGGAAGACAAAUGCACUACAACAAUCCCACUUUUCUACCCUUCAGUAUUAUUCUUCUUGAUUGCUCGUUUGGAUUGUGAGCCUUAGGAAUCAAAACAUCGGAGCGAUGACGGGUCUUUGCAGCCAUUUCCACUUUAUUGAGGACAUCUCCUUUGCCUUUUACUAAUCUUUGACAUUUUCGGACGGGUGCUCAUUCGCUAGCUUGCUUGUGUAGCAAGACCGCUUCCACUUUCUGAUGAAUAUUUGAUGAUGGAAGACGAGCAUGUCACGUACUGAAAAAGCUUUUAUCUUUACUUCUCUCAUUUUGCAACUUUUUAUUCUCUUCUCUCACAAACUAUUUUCUCUGCUCGUAAUUUCAAACUUGACAUUUUCUUUUACACAUUUAUUCUUGCAGUGUUGUUUGUCCUGCUACUUUUAUUUUAACACCAUGUCCUUUUUGUAUUUGCAAUGAAAUGAGUGUGUUUGGUUAGUGAAGGAUAAGGAGACAGCAAGAACAGCGGCAGUAGAUAGACAAGUACGAUCAAUAAGUUAGAUAAGUAUGAUCAAUAUGGAUGAGUUAUGUUGGGUUAUUAUUUGGCAGUUUGGAUCAAUCAAGUCGUUAAUUACCAAACGAUAAGCUGACACACACCACCACAACACAUAACGCAAAACACCAACAAUAAAAGAGGAAGGCUAGUUGGCAUCCAUCCAUCUUCCACCGCUUAUCUGAGGUAGGGUCGUGGGGGCAGCAGCCUAAGCAGGAAGCCCAGACUUCCCUCACCCCAGCUACUUGAUCCAGCUCCUCCCGGAUCCCGAGGUGUUCCCUUAAGGUCUUGCCCUUAACACCCCCACAGGGAGGCGUCCUCAUCUGGGCCCUCUCAAUACGGGUGAGCAGCGGUUCUACUCUUGACUUUUUCCUGGAUGACAGAGCUUCUCAGCUUGUCUCUAAGGGAGCCCAGCCACCCUACCCGGAAAACUCAUUUAGGCCGCUUGUUCGUAUCAUCUUGUCCCAAAGCUCAUGACCGUAGCCUUCAACACCUUCAGCUUUACCGGAUCCGUUGGCAGCCGAGUGUGAAGCAGCCAGGAUGAGAAUCAGCACCUCCAUGUCCGAGUCCACGGUUAUCACCCGAAAAAGUGUAGCGUGCCAUCUUCGGGUGGGGGAUGAGAUGCUGCCCCAAGUGGAGGAGUUUAAAUAUCUCAGGGUCUUGUCCUUGAGUGAGGGAAGGAUGGAACGUGAGAUGGACAGGCGGAUCGCUGCGGCGUCUGCAGUGAUGCCGACUCUGCGUGGGUCUGUUGCAGUGAAGAGGGAGCUGAGCUCAAAGGCAGAGCCCUCAAUUUACCCCCCCAUCUAUGUUCCUAGCCUCACCUGUGGUCACGAGCUAAGGCAAAUAUGUGCUGUACCUCACCAUGGAAGGUGGAAACAGGAACAUGCAUGAGGAGAAUCAGACCAGAGAAGAGGCAAAGCAGCAGCGAUGCACGCAGGGAGCAAUGGUCCAACACUAAUCAAACCCAUUUGAUCAAUUCACGAAUGACAGCUGCACACCACAAAGGGCAGCAUUAAGAACCCAAACAGGAAACAGAUAACAAAAUAAAGCACGGAACAGGAAAUACAGGAAAACACAGGACUUCUAACACAACAACACUGAGCCUGCAGUCUCAAUAGUAUCAUUACGAUCAUGAUGACGAUGACGAUGAUGACGUGUGACUGUCAGGAUGCACAAACAAUAAUAGAUAUUUCAUGAUGAGGUCGCGCUUGCAAAAGAGUGAAAGAAUGAAGAAAGUGGAAGCUUUGUCUUUUCUCCAAAGUGGACAAGAGAGUGAAUGGGCAUUUUCCCCAAAUGUCAAACAUCACGUAAAUGUUUAGAAGUCAGCAGGAAAUGAAUUAGAUUUUUAUUCUUCUAUACAGGCACCCCUCCCCCAACCCCCGCCUUCCAAGCCUUAUGCAAAAACAAAGUAAGAUGCAUCCUUCUGAAAAAGUGCCAUUGAAUUUGCUGUGCAACGUUAGCAGCCAAGAUCAGGUAUUAGCAGGUCCCAGAUCAGCCAGUCAACAGUAGAAUCUAGUUGAGCAUAUUCUAGACGUACGGCUAUUGGAAGUAGAAGAAGAACGCACACGUGUUGCGGUGGUUGUGUUGGUUUAACACACAAUCAUCAAAUGUGUCUUCAGGUAACAACACCACCUGUCAGUAUUAUUCAUUCUUUUUUUUGGUCACUUCCUGUGUGUGCGUGUGCGUGUGUGUACUGUAUGUUAUGUUCAGCAGUUGCAGUAUUACCCCCCCCCAUUGCCCUCCCCCCAACCCCCAAAAAAGAGAUGGGUCUGUCUGUUUAGUCAUAGACAACUUUUCUAUUUAUGUGUCUUAUUUUUUUUAUAUUUCUUUAUGGUUUAUUUAUUUCAUGAUGUAGUGUACAAGACUGUAGUUUGUAUUAAUACGAUAAUAUAUUUUAGUAUGGGGGGAACAAACAUUUUUUCUAAAGAAAAAAAACAAGCCCUUGCAAGCGUGACAAAGUGGAAGCUGUGAUUGUUUGCAUCCAUCCUCCCCUUGCUUCAGUUUCCCCGUCAAUAAGAAGCUACUGAAGUGGUGGAAGAUACAGUAUAUGAUGUAUGUUAAUAGCAUGGAUGUGUGUCGUAUUGCAGGAUCAACCCUAACCACCCAAAGACUAAAUAAUAUUCCAUUCUUUUUCUUUGGACAUCCUUGUCAAGACCACGCCCACUUUUAUAUGUUUUAACACCAUUAUCUCUUUGUUGCUUUUUUAUGACUCCCCAUCUCACAAUAAAAUACACCAAAUACAAGCGUCUGCCUUUGUGUUGAUAUUCAAGCAGUCAUGUCUUUCAUCAUAGUCACCUUUGAGAGAAGUCUCUUGUUUCGUGGUACAGUGGAACACAACCACACCAUCGGUGAAAGAAGAGAAAAGGUUUUCCCCAUCGGAAAUGUUGGAAAUUGUCGCCAUCAUAAAAAGUCUUAUCACACACAUGCAAAGCUAAAUGUUGAGGAAAAGCACUUUGAGGAACAUUGAAACAACCACAAGGACAACAGUCAAACACCAGCAAACAGUGGAGAGCAGCGUGUGUCGUCGUCAUAAGGGACGUCCCGAUCUACACUUUUUUAGCUUCCAAUACAUUUUUUUUACAGUCUUGCCGAUCUGAUCCUUUUUUUUUAUAUGCUUUUGUGAAAUUUGAUAUGGUUAUGAAAAUAGCUCUCAAAGCAUUAGAAUAAAGCAAAGUACUGCUGAAUGUACCUUUUUGUUCCACAGCAUGACCAACAAAUAGUUUGGCUUUUGUAACAAACCUCGAGUCGGGUCCCUAAUCCAAUAAGAUAGAUCCAAUAAAAAAAAGGUCCAUCCAAUAAAGGAUAAAAUUGGAAAAAAUGAGCGUGCAAAAUGCUUUUCGGGUGGGACUAACCAUUUGACAUGGUUACAUGGUUAUAGAUGAGUUUGUGGUUUGAGGCGCAUUACGGCACCUCCGGUGUCGGUGUGUGCCUCAGCUACGAACGUGAUACGGCCCGAUCUUGUGGCAGAAGCCGAUAUUAUCCGAUCUUCAAAAUACAGUGGCUCAGCAGCCGAUCCCGAUCCUGAAGAUGGGAUCUGGACAUCCCUAUGAUUAAAUCCAUCAAAUGAGAAGAUUUACAUCACAAACCACCUAGCGUCUAGUAUUCUUCCUCUAGCGCUAAAACACGCUGGACAUUGAAGACGAAGAGUAGAAAAGUACGCGUUUAUGAUGAUGAGAAUCUCGUCUUACCUUUGCUGUUUUCUCAUCAUAGCUUUGAAUGGAUUCGUCCAUAGUUUGGUGUUACACUGAAAUGAUUCCCAACACAAACAAUGAUGCUUUCCUUAAAUGUUUGUGAUGAUGAAUCUCGUCUUACCUUUGCUGUUUUCGCUGCAAAUCUGUGCUUCCCAAGAAUGAAUGCAUGUCCAUCGUUCAGAGUUAUAAUGAAAUGAUUCCCAUCACAAACAAUUGACGCUUUCCCUAUAAUAGACACACAUAGCCUUAACUUCCUGUCGUGACAUCCUUAUUUGGACAAAAUGUACAACUAAACAGGAAUCAUACACAAAAACCUGAGGGUUGACUUGAUGCUAAUGGAUAGUCACAGUCAGUCUACCCAUGCUAGCAUGCGAGGACUAACCAUUAGGCAAACACAGGCCAUUGCCUUGGGCCCCAACAUUUCAAGGGGCCCCGAUUGUCCCAUAAAAACUGAUUUAAAGAACAUGUUACUGUUUCAAUUUUAUCAUGCCAUCUAUCAUGAUGGUUAGGUCUGCUCCCCCCUCCGUUGUCAUGCAAUAGACCAGGGGUCACCAAGGUUUGUCCUUGUGAGAGCUACUUUUACAAAAUGAAAAUGGCCAAGAGCUACUCAUUUUUGUAACAUUUAUUUUCAGAGCUUAUUUUAAACCCAAACAAAGCGAAUAUGCUUGUUUUACCAGAACAUGAACAAAAUGCUGGUGUCCACAACUCACAUGUUGUAUUUCAGAAUGCAUUUCUUUCUACUGUUCUUUCAUUAUUAACUGAACACCUGAAUGAAAAGCAGGCUUGUGGGCACCUCAUGUGGUCGUGGGGGGCUACCUGGUGCCCGCGGGCACCACGUUGGUGACCCCUGCAAUAGAAUAUUCCAUGUUACUGUGGAUGUGCUUAUUGGUUCCGGAAAACAGAACAAAACAUUUUGGCACGGUUUGGAGAAAAUUGAUGAGGAGUUACCCCAGUGGAGCGAGGAAGAGGAGAAGGCGAGAGGAACGCAAACAGUUUUUAAUCAAAACUACUGAAAGGCGCCAACCUUUUUCACAGUCACAACAAACGUAGAUGCGCGAGGACAGCAGCACCGCUACUGGCAGUCUCUGCUGAGGAGAAUGCAGUUUUACAGAUGAAGCUGAGAGUGAUGCUUUUCAUCACAAAGAUAUGAGAUAUGCUAAACCCCAGUAUGUUAAAUGUUGCUUAAUGGGCUCAUCAAUUAAAGUAAAAGCGUUGAGAUGAUUCACUUGUUAGGUAAUAAUAACCCCCAUGGAAGCUUUUAAGAACGCUGGAAAAAUAAUUUUCUAAUAGUCACACUUGUUAAUAGAUGAUAAACUUGAAUAUUUAAAAUGGUUUUGGGGGGUGUAUGUGAACAUGGCUAUGUAAUUACAGAUAACUAAUACACACUUAUAUUUAUAAAAAAUUUUAACUAAAAAAGGAUGUGGAGGGGCCCAGUGACUAGGUUUGCCUUGGGCCCCCAAAUGACGAAACACGUCCCAGCACUCUUAAGCAAACACUGAGAGACCAGCACAUGUCAUUAAUAAAUCCAUGAACUCAUAAGCUUUACAGCCCAAACUUCACCUUGCUUAAAGCUAACGUUAGCCAUGGUGUUGUUAGAAUUAGUCUUCACUGAAUGAAUGAAGACAAAACAGUACAAAAUGAGUGUUUAUGAUGGUGACUUUUGUCUUACCUUUGCUUUUUUCUGAAUGAAUGGAUGGAUGGAUUCGUCCAUUGUUUGGUGUUACACCGAAAUGAUUCCCAACACACACAAUGACGCUGUCUUUAUGAUGGCCCCAUAGUCCAACUUCCUGUCAUAACGUCUUACGCGUACAUUUCUGACAAACCGAUUGGCAAAUUUGACAUGUGGAGGCGGGAGCUGCUUUCUAUUGGCUGAAAGCAUUGUAGUGACUUGUCAAUCACUGAGAUCAAACGUCACAUUCAGGACGUCACAGCCAUCCAUAAACACAUUUAGUAUUCGGAAUAUCACGCUUCAAGAUGCAUCAUUUGUGACAAAAUGUCUCGUUCAGUGUCAAACAUUACUCACACGUGGACACGUAUGUUAGAACUAGUCUGGUUUAGUUAACUUUAUUCCAUAAAAAGUGGAUUCCCACUAAUGAAUUGCGUUUUUGCCAGCGUGUCUGUACAUCCUCUGAAGGUUUUGUUGAUUCAUUUUGUCUGUUUGGGGUCUCCACAGUGAAUUGAUACCAUGAAGGGUUUUGGAUUAGUUUUCACGCCGGAUGCUCUUCCCGACCAGUUAAAAAUAAUGGCGUCACUCAGGUGGUGAUGGUUUUCCAGCAACAGGUAAGCUAAUUCAUUAUUAUUUCAAACGUUAUAGCGCCGUUAUCGUUAGCGACAGUGAAAUGUGGACCGAUAUCGUGCACUGAUAUCAAACGUCUGGAUGUGGCUUCAGUCGCCAUUGUUCACUCGUACUACACAGGAAGCUAAAUAGCUAGUCAACGAGAGUUGUGUUGCUCAUGCUCAGGAAAACACUGCCCCCUCGCGUUUUGGUGGAGCACUGCAAGUCACGAGCUUAGC